AUGACAGAGAGUCUAUUCCCUUGGAAAGUGGCGAAAAAUCGGGUCAAGGUGGACGGGUUCUUGACCGGUCUGACGAACGUGAAAGGAUUUGAUGCCAAAAGUAUUGCUGAAAAAAAGGCAAACAGUUUUCAGACUGUGCAUCAAGCUGGACACCACGAUGACAACGAAAACGACGACGAAGAAGAAGAAGACCCAAACUGUCUUAUGAAUCAUUUGAUGAUGAUACAUUUGGCAUCAUCAAUAGGAAUGGGAUCAGAAGAAAUGUAUGAGGAAGCCAAGAGUAUAAUGGAGAAGAUGAUGGCAAUGAAACCGCCAGAGAAAGUGAUUCAUUACGAAGUAUUUAUUCGCAUCACCCAAGUUUCGACAGGACAAGUCAUUUCUCAAGGAUUCUGCAACAACGUUCAGCGUCGGUUGUGGCGAAGGGGUUUGAAAGAGAAGGAAGAACAUUUCCCGUUUCUCCUGAAGCAGGGCCUUGAGAUUACUUUUGAUUUUGAUUCCCUUGCUGAAACGGAGGAAAUGAAAGAGUUCUUGCAGCGCUACACGGAAAAUGUGCUUGGUCCAUGUACAUGUUUCUGCGAAGAAUUUCGCGAUUUCAAGAUUCCAUUUUGCUUCACUGCUAUCGUAAUUGAUAAACGGGAUCAAGGUACCCAGUGUCUUUUCCAGCAGGAUAAAUCAAGAGAACUGCGUUUGCGACGAGUUUGCCAAACGCCAGGUUCGGAAGAAGGCCGAUUCAAGCACGAAUUUGUGGUCUACUCAACGUGGGGCGGCGACACGGUCCAACUCGGACCGUCAUCUUGCACAGACCGAUACAGACUGUCCUACUCUCUUUCACUCCAUGCAAGUUCACCCGCUUUUGGAAUCAAUGUUAUCCCCGUAUUCGACAUCAAUGUUGAAUUAGAUGACCGAAUGAAUCGUCCUUGCACGAAUGAAAAAAUGAAUGAAUGA